GGCGUCCAGACCACAAGCAAGAUUUUGUAUCUCAGUGGCAAGCUGACUUCAACUCUCUUCCUGAUGACCUGUGGGAUGAUGAGGAAAUGAAGGCUGAACUACACCAAAGAGUGAAUGAUUUACGGGACCGCCUGUGGGACAUCUGCGAUGCCAGGAAGGAAGAGGCGGAGCAGGAGCGUCUGGACAUCAUUAACAAGAGCUGGUUACAGGACUCGAUCGGAAUAACAAUGAACCAUUUCUUCUCGCUGAUGCAGGCAGAACUGAACCGUUUCCAAGAUACAAAGAUACUUCUUCAAGAUUAUUACAGGGGAAUGGAAUGUAAAAUCCCAACAGACGACACUAAGAGAUUUAUUCACAUCCCAUUGGUCCAACUGGAUAGUAAAGAUAUUUUGGAAUUCCAGCUUAGAAUUCCCCUAGUUCCUCGAAGAUCUGUUUCUCCGGAUUCAGCUGCAUCCAGACCAAAAACGAAAGCCAUACUGAAGGGCAAGAUCGAUUACUCGCUGGAAAAUGUAGAGUUAAACUUUGAGGCUGAUGAGAAGACGGUAAUUGACACAUGGCAGCAGGCUUCUUUAGCAAUAUCUCACAUGGUGGCUGCUGAAAUUCAGCAGAGGCUCAUGGAAGAAGAAAAAGAAAGCCAGCCAGUAGACACAAAAGAAAAACCUCUGCCGGUGGCUGCAAAUAAAAAAGUGAAAAGGGAGCUGCCACCCCAGAAAAAAAAAGAGGACAAAAAAGGAAAAGGUAAAUCCUCACCCACGGCAGAAGCUGCUCCUGUGAUGGUACCAGUAGAGGUGACUGCUGAAGUGGAAUUAAAAAACGAACUGAGUCUCAGAAUAAAGGAAGAACAUCUCACUGCCCUGCAAUUCGAAGAGAGAGCCACCCAAUUUCGACUUGAACUGAUAAAGAACAAAGCCCUGGCUUCCCUGGAAGACUUAGUCACAAAGGCGGUUGAUGUAUAUAAACUCAUGGAAAAGUGGCUCGGUGAGAGGUACUUGAAUGAAAUGGCCAGCGUGGAAAAAUUGACGGAGGUGGCUCGCUAUCACAUUGAAACAUCUACCAAAAUUCAGAGUGAACUUUAUUUAGGCCAAGAAGACUUCUUCAUUAAGGGCGAUUUAAAAGUCUUUCCAGAUCCACCUCCUCCCGUGCGCCCUGCACCUGUAGAAAAAGAGGAAAAUGGCACCCUGACCAUUGAACAACUUGACAGCCUUCGCAAUCAGUUCUUAGAUAUAGCACCUAAAGGCAUAAUAGGACAUAAAGCAUUUGCCGACAUUCUGCUGGAUUUGAUAACCCUCAACCUUGGAACAAACAACUUUCCUAAUAGUUGGAUGCACCUCACUCAACCUGAAUUGCAGGAGUUAGCAUCUUUAUUGGCCAUAAACUCAGAGUUCGUGGACUGGCGGAAAUUCUUGUUAUUAACGGCACUGCCUUGGCCCAUCCCUCUGGAGGAGGAGCUCCUGGAGACCCUGCAGAGGUUCAAGGCUGUGGAUGAGGAGCAGCUGGGCACAGUCACUUUCGAGCAGUAUAUGCAGGCUGGCCUGUGGUUUAUGGGAGAUGAAGAUAUAAAAAUUCCAGAAAAUCCUCUUGAACCCUUGCCAUUCAACAGGCAGGAGCAUCUUAUAGAGUUUUUCUUUAGGCUAUUUGCUGACCAUGAGAAGGAGCCACCCCAGCUUGACUACACACAGAUGCUGCUCUAUUUUGCUUGCCAUCCGGACAGUAUGGAAGGGGUCUACCGGGCCCUCAGUGUGGCCAUUGGGACUCAUGUCUUCCAGCCAAUCAAAGUGCCUGCUGUUGUUGCAGAAAAGACCUCCUCCCUUACUGAUAUGAGUCCAGUUGAGGAAUAUCUGGAAACUAAGGAAAAUUUUAUAAGUGAGGAAAGGGAAUUACAAGAGAAAGGGGAGGAAAAAGAAGAAGAAAUCCCUGAAAAUGCAAACACGGAAAUAAUUUCCAUGGAAACGUUGCUCAAAGUGUUCGGAGGAGGAAACGAAACACAGGACUCAAACAGAUUUGCCCGCCCUCAGAAGACGGAGAACGUUUAUUUAGAGAACUUCAUAAAAGUAUUUCAGGACUUGGGUUCCAAGAAUCUGGAGCCAAUUAAAGUUGCCGUUCUUCUGAAGCAUCCUUUUAUUCAAGACCUGAUUUCAAGUUAUCCAGACUAUAAAAUUCCUGAUAUCAAAAUAAUUCUCCAAAGGAGUGAGCACAUACAAGGAAGUGAUGGAGAGAGAUCUUCUUCAAGACUUACAGAGGAAAAGAAAUGAAGAGAAAAGUGUGUGAUUUGGCAAUGAAUCUUUCA